UUGAAACAUGUUGCAAAAGAAAAGGGAAACACCUUGUCUUUUAUCCAUAGGGUGCGCCCCAGAAGGGGAUGUGUUUGCUAGCAUGUCGGCAAGAACAGGUAGCAAGUUGCUGGUGAAUUUUGCCGAAGGUUUAAAGAAACAGAACAAUAAGGAAAACGAACAAAGAGCGAAGAAUAUGUAUUUGGAGAGUCUGGCCCCAGGAACGGUAUGAAAUUUUGAACGAAGGAGUUACGCACUCGUAUGUCAGUUAUCUACAUAUUGUGGGCAGUGAGAAAAGAAGAGGGCAAAGAUGCACAAAACCUCGUUUUAAAUAACCCCAGGCACAGAUUCAACUCAGUCCCUUUUACUGCCAAUGUGCCUAAGCACUCUAUUCCACUAUUGAAAUUGACCUUUUCACUUUCUCCAUGACCUAAGGUCGAAAAAUUUCGUAAACUCAGUCAAAUUGACAGCAAACUGUUUGCCGUUUAAUUCUUCUUCCUCGCUCGCCUCGGGUCCCUGUGAGGAAUGAAUGACAACCAUUCAAUAUCUAGUUUCACCUGCAAAGGAUAAGAAAUGAAUAUUAAUGAAAAUCUAUUAUCUCACCAAAAAUGUGAGGUUUUAUAUUGAUAGCUUCUAAAGCAGAUGUGAAAGCUCUAUCGCUAAGUAAUGUUUAGGUAUCAAGGCAUAUAACACUACAGGAAAUGGCAUACCGCUUUGCCAUUAUGAGGUUGAAAAAACAUUUCUCUACAUGGCAAAAUAGUGUUGCAUUUUUUAGGCCAUCACUCCCACAAUAUGUUCUACUGCGGCUCCCUUAGAAACAUAAGAAAUGCAGAUCUUGCAUACAAAGCAUUACCAUGAUCUACAAUGUUUUCUUCUCUAGAUAAAGUCAAUUGUAGACUCCCGAGGACUGUUUUUGACGUGGUAUAACCACACCUACCCAGGCAAGACUGUUACAUUACUGAUUAGCGAAAUGGAAAUAAAGACGUUUUUUGUCUCCUGUGCAAGAGCAGGCUUCACAUACACUAGACUCACGAAUAACAUCCUUCGUGGGAUCUGUAUGUGGGUAAGUAUACUACCCAACAGGGACCCUCCAAGAGAGACCAGUCUAUGAUGGCCCUACCUGAAAAGGGCAGUUUUGUACAGCAAUGUGGUAUCUGUAAGGGGAGAGACUUUCACAAGUUGCAGUAUUUGAAAGGGAAGGGAAUUCUGUCCGUUUGGUUUGUAAAAUGACCUGCAAGGGGAAUUAAUGGUAUAUAGAUUUAAAAGGGUCACGGGGUUGGAUUUCAGGGUGAAGCUUCCGCAUGCAUAACCUUUCAGCCCUAUGAAUGCCCCACCCAUCCUCUUCUUUCCCUGGUCAAAGACAUUACAUCAUUGCCUUGAAAACCCAAUAAAGUAAUUAGCCUAAUCAGAUUGGUGAAGUAGAAGGGUUUCACAAUCAACAUCACAUUCCAUUUUUCCUAAAAGAUGUGCAUAUAGUUGACCAUACAAUGUCAAAGUUAAUGACAUUGGACAGAUUUUCAGAAAUAGUAACAUUUCAGCAAAAAUUCAUAAUAUCCUGUUUAGCCUUCCAAUUUGGGGCAUGUAGCCUCAAGCGAAAUUAGCUGUAACAAGUGUUAGGGUCCUUAAUUACAAUAACAGCUCAAGUGAAUUGAUUCCGACACUGACAUUACUAAUGAAUGUCAGCGAUGAAGUACCUAACUCCCCAGUUGAUGACAUUUCAGCAUACAGGAUCAUUUCAUAAACCACCCUAAAUGUAUGAAUAAUUGUUGUCAUUUUCAGCACAUAGCCAACCAGCACCAGAGUCCGGCCAAGAAAUACCCCGAACUGGGCUCAACAAUAAUGAAAUACUUAAGAAAGGAAAUAGGAGAAAUGGACAUCCUGCCCAAAAAACCGCUCUUUGAGCAGGAUUUAGAGUACAUUGUCGACUCGAUAGGGAUGGUAACACCAGCCGCAUUGCAAUGUGAGUAACUAACCAAAAAACAAAUGCAAAAUGAGGAAAUCCAUGGCUUAGGUUAAUAAUGUUGGUAACAAUCUCCAGUGUCAUUAUCUGAAUUGUAAGCGUCACAUCAUUAAGGAUGGAAAACAUACCCUAGCAUGAUGACACAGAGCAUUUCAUAACCCUUCAUCUUUCUGGUUGAGAACAGCAAUUAAAACUGUGGCUGUUUCUGCCUCUUCUAGGGUACCUGAGGAAAUCAAAACAAAUAUUUCAAAUGUGUUUGUUGAAACUGGACAAACCCUCUGACAUCGCACAACCACAUUAUCUAGUAGAGCGGAACCCCAGCCUAUGGCCAUCUUUUUUUGGCCGCCCGGCAAAAAUGACCAUGCAUUCUCUUUUAAAAAAAACCUUUGAUAAUACAGUCAUCCGUUAUUACGACCACACUUUUUGGUCCCAUUGGAGACCGUAUUAACAGGGUUCCACUGUAUUUAAAAUUGUAUGCAGUAACCAUGCUAAUGACCAAGAUCAAUCAAUGUCUUAGGCAACAUUACAACUGAGUAUAAUGUAUUAUAAUGUAACAACAGAAUGAACUACAAAGAAAUUGGUACAAGACACUUCAGUAAAGAUACUUUUUUUAUUGUUGUAGUAUCAUUCCUUCAUUGCCUGUCAUCGAGUUGUGGGGCAAGACCGGCCAGCUUGGUCGAAACGUAUGUCCGGGAGGGCAUUGAAGAAGUGAGAGACGAACUUGGUUUAGGAGAAUAUCCUGCUGGGGAAGGAUUAUGCAUUGGAGAUGUAGAAUUCAGGUGUGUUCCUUCCCCUUUUUUUUGA